AUGUCAACUUAGUAUAGAGUUCCGUCUAAUGACAAUUACAUUCGUGACUUAGAAAAUAUCUCUCAAAGAGAGCGCCACGGAUUAUUUAAUUAACCACCACCUUUAUCAUUGGGGGAUUAAUAUAACGAUGCUUUGAAAAGCCAAGGCAAAGAGAAAGCAAUCCUUAUCAAUAAGAAACUCUAAAAAAAGCACGAGCCUGUUUUGUUUUCAGAACCUGGCUAUACAACAUUAAAUGAUCCAUAUAAAGACUAAUUUAAAGCCAAAUAAAUUUACGACAAAGAGAGAGAAUUGGCCAUUAAAAAUCCCAAUAGCUUUAAACCCAACGACCAUUAGAAAUCUGUCAAACAUUCUGAAUUCGAACACAUGAAGGAGUAUAAUGAUAAAGUCUUUAAAACUCGAAAUUCAGCAGGAAAUGUAGUUACUUAAGCUAGGAACUUUUUGACAAACCCAGCUAAGAAAGGAUUAGGCAGGACAACAAUAAACAAUUUGUUUAAUAGGAGGAAAUGGAUAGAAAGGAGAGAAUCCAGCAUAAAAGCAAGCAAUUACCUGGAACAACAAGAUUUGUCACAACCAGCCAUGGAAAUAGACCCUUUACUGCAGAAGGUAUCUUAUUAGAUGGAGCAGGAUAUACAAUAUGUAAUAUAUAUCAAUAACCCUUUAGAGAAAAAACCACCUAUUUAUAAAGGGAAUCCAUUUAGACCAUCCAACUAAACCAAAAAAGGCUUUUAAGGAACUUUUGAAGUGCUUCAAUAUAUGGAGGAAGGGGCUCCAAAUAUAAAAACAAAAUAGAAUACAUUCGAAAAAUUGAGUGCGACUUAAACUUAUGAAAGACCUUGGAGACCGAAUUCAAACGGAACAUUUGCGAGACCUUGUCCUAGUGUGUCCUAAUAAUUACGAAAUAGAAGUGCAGGAUCUAAUUAAAGAUCGUGA